CACUAAUGUUAAAAGAAAAUGAUGAUCAACACAACUCAAAAGUAACGAAUGACGUUCUCCAAUCAACGUCAAGCAACCCACAUAACUCUGUAAAACUCAAUUGUAUUUCUUCCUGCGGUUCACACAGUGGCAGCAAAGAUGAUCCUUUUGACUCAGAUGUUAAAAAAGACAACGGAAUUUAUUCACUUGCAAAAAAUGUCGAUCCUCUGUACUCAACGGUGAUAAAGAAAAAACAAAUAAGUGUAACAGAGUCAUCGAAUGUUGCUUUCAAAGAUGACUAUCCCUAUUCAGUCGUGGACAAGAAAAACAAAGCCAAAGAGAAGGCUUGGAUGACAACGGUUCCUCCUGCGCCUGUCUGUUCCAUCUCCGAUUUGCCGCCUUACAGCAAAGUCAACAAGAAGAAAAAAGAAAACAGUUGAUGCUGAUGACAGUACAGAGAAAACACCUGUUUAGCAUACGAGGGCACAUACGGUUAAAGGACAAACCUUGUAUUUUUUGUAAAUAUAUUAGAGUCCACUGUAUUCAUUCUGGUAUAUACUCUUGAGUAAAUCAAAUGCAUAUGUUUGUAAAUCAGCAAUGGUUUGCUUUUAUUGGUUUAUACAAAUAUAUUGUCAUUUCAAAAUUUCACAUUUACUGUAAAUAUGUUGGUCGAAUUAAUAAGUCGUCAUAUUAAACUCUAUAUAGGACAUCUUAUGUAAUUAACGUUCACGUAUUUGAAAAUUAUUAUGCUGUAUACAUUUAUAUUGUGCAUGGUUUGAUGUAAUUUUGCGCAGGCUGUCUUAGGAAGAUUUAUCAAAUUAAUACGACUGUAUGAAUAAAUAAUCAAUCAAACAAGCGCACGGGCUGUUGAAAGCAUUUAAUCUGAAACUAACAGCAUGAUGUGAUAUUUUGCAGUAAUGGAUUAUAUACAUGUAUGUUUAUGAAACAAAAGUUUAAACUGCAAUGGCACAUGUUCACUUGAAUUCCCUAUGCCGCGAAACACAAGUACAAUUCUUCGUGGAUAUACCAAAUAUUUCUCAAACACUCGUUUGAGGCUUAUCAUCAGUGUGUUAGGCUUAUCAUCAGUGUUUGAGCCUUAUCAUCAGCGUUUGAGGCUUAUCAUCAGCGUUUGAGGCUUAUCAUCAGCGUGUGAGGCUUAUCAUCAGCGUUUGAGGUUUAUCAUCAGCGUUUGAGGCUUAUCAUCAGCGUUUGAGGCUUAUCAUCAGCGUUUGAGCCUGAUCAUCAGCGUUAAUCCAGGGUAUUUUUGAAUAUCGUGUAUUGUUUGUUUUUUAAAGUACGCUUGCAACGUGGGAAUCGAACCUGUGAUCUCCGGAUCGCUAGGCGGUCACCAUAUCCAUUACACCACGGCGACGUCUAAUUGCUGAUCUGACACAAUUCUCCAAAAUAAAAGAAUUGCGCGCUUUUUGAAGAAAUUUUUUAAAGGUCCCCUCCUUUGAAGUCUGACCCACAUACAUUUUAUUUUCUUCACAUUUUUAGGCAUGUGGAUAUUGACUCAUACAUUUCCGUAAAAAGGCGGACAUUAGCUAAAUGGCUUAUUGGAAUUGCAUAUAAUUAGGGUUUUGUAAGAUAAUAGAGGAAAAGGCGACAGAAAGAAUGUAUACGAUACGCAUGGAUGGUGUGUGAAUAUGUUAUUGAAAACUUGUGCUCUUAUACUAAACACUUACAUGUUUAAAAUAUAUUUUAUGUAUCUGAUCAUGAUUGUAUUUCUUGAAUGAAGCUUGUUAAGGAUGAUAGUGAAAUAAAUUUAGCAGACGAUA